GUCAAUUGGCUGUGGAUUGGGUCCUGGUGUACAGGGAUAACUGUAUAUAAGGUCUUGGUUCUCCUACUCUAACUACACUCGCUCAGUCCAAGAAGAACCAGGAAGCAACCAUGAUGAAGUGGGCUGUCGUCCUGUGUGCCCUAGUGGCCCUCUCCGAGUCUAUUAAGUAAGUCCUGUGCUUUUUCUUCUUUAUUUUAUUUUAUUUUCUGUCUGCAUAUUCUGUUUAUUGUUGUCAGCACCGUGUCAAAUUCCUGGUACACGUAAUUGGCGAAUAAAGGUGAUUUAGAUUGUGACUGUGUGUUUUCAGGAUCUCUCUGAUCAAGGGGAAGACUGCCAGAGAGACCCUGAUGGAGAAAGGUAUAUGGGAGGAGACUAGGCAGAAGUUCCCCUCCAACCCUAUGGCCAAGUUCUACCAGACCGGUGAUGAGGCUAUGACCAACGACGCUGACGUAAGGCAGAGACAGAAGCAGUAUGGCGAUAUACUGAAUUAGCCUGGUGACUGGUCCCAGAUCUGUUUUUUUUGCUAUAUAGCUAAUGACCAUGGGAGUUGUCUAGACAGCACAAACAGACCUGGGACCAGGCUGGUCUAUAGGCUAUAUGAUUGUUGUUUCAAAAAAAUGUAAUUACAUGUUGGAUAUUGUGACUGCAUAGUUUGAACCCAUUGGCUCUACAGUUUGUGUUCAUGUCUUGCUUAAAUUAAAUGUACACUGGCGUGAUCAAAUUAAUUAUGAGCUUAGAGUUGAGCAUAUAGCCAUGUAACCAGCUACAUAGUUAGACAAAUGCCUGUUUCUUCAUAGUACUCUGCAAUGUUCACUUGUGUGACCCUGACUCACAGUGCAUCUCUGUUUCAACGUCUCUCCGCAGUUGUCCUACUACGGCGUGAUCUCCAUUGGAACCCCUCCUCAGUCCUUCAAGGUCAUCUUUGACACUGGCUCCUCCAACCUGUGGGUUCCCUCUGUCUCCUGCUCCAGCCAGGCCUGCCGUGAGUAUAUUGUAUGGGGUCUGGAGAAUACUGUUGGCGUUGGAGAAUAGCUAUAUUUCAAAUGGUUUCUAAGUAGUCUCUUGUGACGGUACCUAGCCAGAGAAUGGGAGACUUGGUUGUGGGUUGAGGUUAGGGGCUGAGGGAAGCACCUUGAGGUUUACUGCAUAAGGAGGUUGGUUCAACACAACGAAACAAUAGAACAGGAUGAAUGUAUUUUUAUAUUGUCCCCUUCAGGGCGUGGAUUGUAGAGAAUAGCUCAAAGUUUUAAAUACCAAUGAAUAAAAUGAAUGUUCAGUUUUGCAAUGGCACGGUGUGUACUUGGUCUGUAAUGAAGAUGUUUAUGUUUUGAAUAGAGAACCAUGCCAAAUUCAACCCUGCACAGUCCACCACCUUCUCGUGGGCCAACCAGCCUGUUUCCAUUCAGUACGGAACUGGCAGCAUGACUGGACAGCUGGCAUACGACACUGUUUCGGUAUGUAAAUGUAGCUAGCUACACAUUAUUGUGAUACACGUUCCAUUGACACUUUCAAUUACAACAUACCUGUACAUUACAUACAAUACAAAUAAUCUUCCACUCAGCACCCGCCCUCCCCUAGCACUCCCAUCUUAUAACAUCACAUGCUAAAAAAAAUACACACAUAUAUUAGUAACUGACUCCAGUAUAGUCAAAUAUAAUUACUAUUUUGGGUACACUCAAUAUGGCCACCGGUCCACAAUGGGAAAAUCCUGUUCUAGUAAUUCUAUUUCUAUGGUGCCCAGUGACUGAUGCCUGCUGUUCUGUGUUUCCAGGUGGGAGGUAUCUCUGUGACUCAGCAGAUCUUCGCUGCCAGUCAGACCGAGGCCCCCUUCAUGGCCAUCAUGGUUGCCGACGGUAUCCUGGGCCUGGCUUUCCCCAACCUGGCAGCCUCUGGGGCCACGCCCGUCUUUGACAACAUGAUGACCCAGGGCCUGGUGUCCCAGAACCUCUUCUCUGUCUACCUGAGCAGGUAACAUAGUAACUGUACAAAUACACCUGGAUGGGAGGUGGCAUUUUCUCAUAGUUGUGAUAUUAAUAAAUAAGAAAUGUACCAGUGAAUUGAUAUUAAAUACAAUUAUACAACUGCUUUAAAUUUUCUUUGAAGGAAAGAUGACAUCCAUUUCAAAAUGCGUUGAUGAUUAAACAACCUUGUUGACCUUUUCUCCUCCUCCUCCAAUAGAAACUCAGCAGAGGGUAGCGUGGUGUCCUUCGGUGACAUCGAGUCUAACUACUACACCGGACAGAUCACAUGGAUCCCCCUGUCCUCCGAGACCUACUGGCAGAUAAACAUGGACAGGUAGGUACACUAGUCCACACAGAGCCUAUAUCCUGGUCCAUAUUCAUACCAAGAUGAAUGUCUAUAUAUCCCCUUUACUCUACACAGAGCACUAUGUCCCUGUCCAACAUGUUAUCAACUUUAGUAUCAUCCUUUCAUGCCAUUACCCAGAACACAUUGGGGCAGUACAUAAAAUGAAUAUACCUACUUCCAGUCUGGAGCCUAUGACUAAAUCUUGCUGUGCACGUAGUUCAAGUUCAAGUUUAUUUGCUCACAACAACAACAAAAAAAACAACAGGUAAACUCAGCAAGUAUUUUUCCUUCCAGUGUUACCAUCAACGGCAACACAGUGGCUUGCAAUGGUGGCUGUCAGGCUAUCAUAGAUACUGGUACCUCCCAGAUCGUCGGGCCAACCACUGAAAUCAAAAACAUAAACAGCUGGCUCGGAGCCACCGCUGACAAGUACGGAGAUGUGAGUCACACACAUACACACACACGCACACACACACACACACACGCACACACACACGCACUGACUGGUACAGAGAUGUCCAACUAGAAGGCUUUUCACACUACUGAGCGGAACCAAACCAAGCUGCACUAAAGCUGCCUGGCCUUGUUAGUUGUUGGAACGACCGUGUUGUUGGAACGACCGUGAUGUUAGAGCGACCGUGUUGUUGGAACGACCGUGCUAAAAUUAUUUUGGUUGGGACCGGCGUGGCAGUGUGAAAAGGGUGUACAUCUGUUCUCUUGUUGUUUUUUUCCCCUCCCCUUUGAUUAACCACAGAAUAAAACUAUAACAUGUGAUGUUAUUAUUCCUCUCCUAGGCCCUCGUGAACUGCAACAACAUCCCCAACAUGCCCGAGGUGACCUUCACCCUCAACGGAAACGCCUUCACCAUCUCUGCCUCCGCCUACACCUCCCAGGUAGUCUACUGAAAGACAUGUUGAUACAUACAACCUAUGACCUCCCAGGUAGUCUACUGAAAGACAUGUUGAUACAUACAACCUAUGACCUCCCAGGUAGUCUACUGAAAGACAUGUUGAUACAUACAACCUAUCACCUCCCAGGUAGUCUACUGAAAGACGUUACAUACAACCUAUCUGCCUAUCUGAUCUUUAAUGCUGAUGUGUUUCGGAUCAAGCUCCUUCAUCAGAGCACCUGUACAUCUGAGACUUGACCUUUCUUGUAGAUCCUAGGAGCAAAGGGCCUCACAUGCCUGAUUUCCCUCCUCUUUCUCUCUCUGUCUCCAUCUCUGUCUUUCUCUCUCUCUCUCUCUCUCUCUCUCUCUCUCUAACGGCUGCAGGACUGGCUCUCCAACAGCUGCAGGACUGGUUUUGGUAACGGUGGAACUCAGCAGCUUUGGAUCCUUGGAGAUGUCUUCAUCAGGCAGUACUAUGCCAUCUUUGACAGGCAGAACAACAGUGUCGGCCUGGCCCAGGCCACGUAAGAUAUCCACUGAGAGAGAAGUCUGGAUCGAAUCGAAGUCUUCCAGUUAUGAGAAGUAAUAUGUUGUGUAUGUGAUUGCAGCACUAAAAUCGGCAUGGUUGGGGAAAUGCUGUAGAUUGUGAAAUGUGCACAGCUGCCAAUGAAU